AUGACCCGGCCGGCCGCGCGCCUGGCGCUGGUUCUCCUGUCUUGCGUUGUAUGGAUGUUAUACAGCUGCGCAGACGGAUCAAUCAAGGCAUGUGACAACGGAUGGACUCUUCACGGCUCCCACUGCUACAAGAAGGCCGGGACAACCAACGGUUGGCAGGGGGCUCGUUACGACUGCGCCUUAGAGGGCGGCGACCUUGUUUCCAUCACCGACGAGACCGUGGAAGACUUUGUGAAGGGGCAGAUGGGCGACAAGGCGUUCUGGAUCGGACUCUCCAAUCUGAACUGCGAUGAGGAUUGGUGUGAAUUUGCGGGAGCAAAGGAGCUGACUUGGUCCAACUCCAGUAUGACGCCGGACUACACCAACUGGGACACGCGUCAAAACGGAGGCUCCAACGUUGAGUCCUGCGCCUACGUCAACCAAGGUGUGCAGGACAACAGUCAGCCUGGCAAGUGGAGACAUGGAUCGUGCGGAUCCUCACUGGCGUACAUGUGCGAGCGGCCGCUCGACGCCUGCUCGAAUGGACGUACCUGUUUCCACAAAGAAUCUGCUUCCAUUUACUAUCAACUGGAGACUUCCUUCUGCGACUCUGGCGACUUCCUGUACAACGACUCGUGUUACCAUUUUGGGAAGACACGUACAACCUGGCAACCGGCUGAGGAUUUCUGCAAGAACAAGGGAGGUCACCUGGCCAGCCUCCACUCACAGGUUGACGGACAAUUUUUGGCUGCUCACAUGCGACAAUCUCAUUGGAAUUGGCUGGGACUCAAGAGGAACAAUGGCAAAUAUGAGUGGAGCGACGGAUCAUCCACAAAUGAUGUCCCGUGGUAUCCAGGAGGCAAAGGUAACGACUGCGCCCAAUUGGUUCGCGCUGGUCAACUUUACACGUAUUCUUGCAGUGAGGUUUACCCACCCAUCUGUCAAAAAGGCAAGGCCAGAAAUUCCUUCGAGUUUCGUCUGGCGCCGACAUCAGAAUCAGGACCAAUCAUUCCUGAGCCAACAUGUAACGCAAAAGUCGGAUGGACUCUUCACGGCUCCCACUGCUACAAGAAGAUGGCGCCAACCAACGGUUGGCUGGGCGCUCGUUACGACUGCCUCUGGGAGGGCGGCGACCUUGUUUCCAUCACCUCCAAGGACGAGGAUGACUUUGUGAAGAGGCAAAUGGGCGACAAGCCGUUCUGGAUCGGACUCUCCAAUCUGAAGUGCGACGAGGACUGGUGUUGGUUUUUUGAAGCGGGAGAAAAGGAGCUGACGUGGUCCAACACCAGUAUGACGCCGGACUACACCAACUGGGACCCGCGUCAAGAUGAACGCUCCAACGUUGCUUCCUGCGUGUACGUCAACCAAGGUGUGAUCCCCUACAGUCAGCCUGGCAAGUGGAGACAUGGAUCGUGCGGAUCCUCCUUGGCAUAUAUGUGCAAGUGGUCGCCCGAUGCUUCUUUCUGCGACCCUGGCGAGUUCCUGUACAAGGACUCGUGUUACCAUUUUGAGGGGACACAUACAAACUGGGAAGCGGCUGAGAAUUUGUGCAAAGGCAAGAAAGCGAGCGCCAAGACAAACUGA